AUGCUGCUGCUGCUGCUGCGGCGGGCGGUGCGGGCGGGGGUCCCGCUGCUGCGGGCGGGUCCCGGUUCCCCAGGCAAAGCCGCUCUGAGCCACAGCGAGCCGCGGGCCCGGGAUGGAGGCAGCGGAGAGGAGGAGGAGGAGGAGGAGGAGGAGGAGGAAGGGUGCUACCAGCUGUACCCCGGGCACAUCCCCACCAGCCCGCUGCAGAAAGCGCUGCUGGCUGCAGGCUCGGCCGUUAUGGCUCUCUAUGACCCCUACAGACACGACAUGGUGGCAGUCCUCGGGGAGACCACAGGCUGCCUUGCCCUGCCCAACCUGCGAGACAAGAUGAAACACCACCCUGAAGGUUACCGCAUCCUCCAGGAACGGCCUCGCAUCCGUCUCUCCACCCUGGACAUGGCCAGGCUGCGGGGGCUGCCGGAUGGCUCGCUGGGCCGAGAGUACGUUCGGUUCUUGGAGGACAAUAAGGUUUCUCCGGACACCCGGAUGCCGCCCAAGUUUGUUGAUGAUGAAGAGCUGGCGUAUGUGAUCCAGCGGUACCGAGAAGUCCACGACCUGAUGCACACCCUCCUGGGCAUGCCAACCAACAUGCUAGGCGAGGUCGUGGUGAAGUGGUUCGAAGCCAUCCAGACGGGGCUGCCCAUGUGUGUCCUGGGAGCAGCGUUCGGCCCCAUCCGUCUCAGUGCACGAAAGCUGCAGGUCCUGGCCACCGAGCUGGUUCCCUGGGCGAUUCGGAGCGGGCGCAACGCCAGCUGUAUCCUGAACAUCUACUAUGAGCAGCGCUGGGAGCAGCCAGUGGAGUCUCUGCGGGAGGAGAUCGGCAUCUUCCCUCCCCCGGCCGUUCGAGUAUGAGAGCUCAAGUACAGGGAGGGGACAGGGGUUCCCCGUUGGCAGACAGCAGCCAUCCCCUGCCGUGCUCCAUCUCCUCCUGCCCGGGAGCACAGCGUGGCUCUGCUACCAGCCGCCACGGACCCUGGGGCUGAGUUUUCUCCUGCCAAGAGCUGGUACUCUCCUGUUGGUAGAGGCCAGGUGGCACCUCCCUGUGCCAUGACAAAACUUGACCCUUUUUGCUGUUUGUGAUUCGGUGGAGGGACCACAGGUCCCACCCUGCCUUUGCCAGCUGGGUGUGGCUGCUGGCUCCAGUAUUGAUUCUCCGAAAUGCUGGGAUGGGGAGGGAGCAGAGCUGGUGUACAACACACCGAA